UUUGGGGGCGCGGUCAAACACACCGACCUCGGCUAGGAUAUCCGCACCGGCACGGCGGCGCGGCACCGCCUCCCGGAGAAUCGAAGCCGAGCGGGCGGGAGCGCGAUGGAUCUUCUGAAGCGGGAACUGGAGAAGAAGCGGAAGUCGGCGUCGGCGGACUUCGGCGGGAAGAGCUUCGUGCGGCGGUCGGAGCUGGAGCAGAAGCAGCUCCAGAAGCGCCGGGACGAGCAGCGCCAGCUCCUCGCCAAGGCCAGCGCGCCGGCGGCCUCCUCCGAUUCCGCCGCGGGCACAGCGGGCUCCGACCCCAGCAACCCCGACGCCGCGGCCCAGGCGGCGGCGGGGAACCCUAACCCUAGCUCCUCCACCGCCGCCGCCGCCGCCUCCUCGUCGGCCUCCGUCCCGCCCGCCCUCGCGCCGAAGAAGACCACGCAGGAGGAGGCGCUGCUCUCCGAGGAGCGCCGCAUCGACGAGCUCGACCUCCCGCGGCACGAGGUGGUGCGGCGCCUCCGCGUGCUGCGCGAGCCCGUCACGCUUUUCGGGGAGGACGACGACGCCCGCCUCGCGCGCUUCAAGCUCGUGCUCAAGUCCGGCGUCAUCGACGACAUCGACGACCUCGACAUGACCGAGGGGCAGACCAACGACUUCCUCCGCGACAUGAUCGAGAUGCGCAAGCGGCAGAAGUCCGGGAGGGACACCUACGCCAAGGGCAAGGGGAAGCGUGUCGGCGGGGGCGAUGGUGGUGACGGUGGUGCUGCUGGGGACAGUGCGGAUGACGGGGAUGGCAAGGGCAGCGGGGACGAUGCUGAUGCAGACAAGGAUUCCAAGAGGAUGAGGACCAAGUUUGAGGAGCUUUGCAACGAAGACAAGAUUUUGGUGUUCUUCAAGAAGCUGCUUAACGAGUGGAACCAGGAGCUGGAUGAUAUGACGGAGCUGGAGAAGCGGACAGCCAAGGGGAAGUCGAUGGUUGCAACAUUCAAGCAGUGUGCACGGUAUCUCAGCCCCCUGUUCGAGUUCUGCAGGAAGAAGGUUCUUCCUGAUGACAUCCGUCAAGCAUUGCUUGUUAUUGUUGAAUGCUGCAUGAAGCGUGAUUAUUUAGCAGCAAUGGACCAAUACAUCAAGCUGGCCAUUGGGAACGCACCAUGGCCUAUUGGAGUCACUAUGGUUGGUAUCCAUGAGCGUUCUGCUCGAGAGAAGAUUUACACAAACAGUGUUGCUCACAUCAUGAACGAUGAGACCACUCGCAAGUACCUUCAGUCGAUCAAGAGGCUAAUGACCCUUUGCCAGCGGCGUUAUCCAGCAUUGCCCUCAAAAUCAGUGGAGUUCAACAGCCUGGCAAAUGGGAGUGACCUGCAGGCACUUUUGUCAGAGGAGAAUGGGUCGGGUAAAGCUUCUGAGGAAAGGCUCCGGUUGAUGCCCGCAUCGAAAGAGUGAUGCUUUGAAAGAGUGAUGCUUUGAUACACUAGCUUGGAUCAAAAUAUAGUUAGAGAUCUUUGUGUAAUAUCAACUUCAGUCUUCCCUCCUUUUCUUUCUCUGUAUUGUUCUGAUGGAGGGAACAGCAGCUGAGUCAUGGAUGUUAAUCAAAUUGCUUACAACAUGUUAUGCUUACCACUAGAGCUGGUUGAGCAAGUUUUAUAUGCUUAAUUUCAUAAAACCGUGUUUGACUA